CCGCGUGGCAUUGUGGGAAACAAACAGUGGUGCGUUUUGUGGUCGGAGCGCGUCUGGAGCGCAUCGCUGUGUAAACCGAGGGGUCAGCGCCGCGGUGUGAGCAGCCCGGCCGGCUUCGCUCGGGUUAGCGGGGUUCGGCGAAGCGGAAUGACCCACAGGGUGGAACCUGCAGUAGCAGCGGCGCUUCUGGACCUGAACCCGAGCGGGGGGCAUCGCAGAGAUUGGAGCUGGACGGGACUGUGGAGUCCUGGGAAAGUUGAGCCCGUGGGUCGGUUCUGUUUUCAGUCGGAACCAUUGUGAUCGAUCCCGGGUGUGUGCAGUGGUGGCGGCGGAUCGCGGAUCUGCGGUGUUCGGGGUGUUUGUGUGAGGAUGGUGGGCACUGUGAGCCCGGGGGAGGGUGGAGGAGGGUAUAUAAGAGAAAUACAGCGCGAGGAGUCCUUGAAGUGCAGAAGCAGCAGCAGGACUGUGGUGGUUUGCGGCUGUCAGGAGCGGAGAGGCUGAAGUGCAGCCCCGGAGCCUUUUAGCGGUAAACAGAUAAUUUCCUACAGAACCCACAAAACUGCAUUUUUUUUGGGGCGGGUGGGGUGUGAGGUCGGCCCAGUUAGGGACGGGUUAUACGGGUUAUAUAUCCAGCGAAUCAGAUCAGCGUCUGCGCUCUGAGCUCCGGGAGAGGAGGAGGCAGAGUCGCCCUGGCAUCUGUUUACACCGCGCCUGCACUGAAGCCCGCGGGCCGCCAGGGCUCGGACGGACCCGGGGAUCAGCAUGUGGAGCCUGGCGGGGGCCACCGUGCAGCUCGUGGCGAAGUCUGUGCGCCACGCCGCGGGGAAGGGUCACAUGCAGCUGAACCGCUGGCUGCAGAAGACCCCUGAGUCGCUGGACUGCGAUAAAAUAGACUUGUUGAUCUGCAGCGCCGGCGGGGGGAAGACGGAGGCGGAGCUGCAGAGCGUGGAGACCGGCGUGCCCUCCUCCGCCUUCUCGGCGGCUGACCUGAGGAGCCCGUGCUGCGUGGCGACCUGUUGCUUCAAAAGCGCCCUCCUGGCAUGCCUACUGACGGCCGUGUGCUUCUCGUCGUUGGCGCUGGUCCGCCAGCACCUGAAGGACCUGCUGCUGUGGGUGGAGAGCCUGGACGGCUUGGAGGGGGCGUUGCUCUUCGUGGUGGGACUCAUCACCGUGUCGUUCCCUUGCGGCUGGGGCUACAUCCUGCUGAACGUGGCUGCGGGCUACCUGUACGGCUUCGUGCUCGGUCUGGGCCUCGUCAUGGUCGGGGUCCUCAUUGGCACCUUCGUGGCCCACGUGGCGUGCAAGCGACUGCUCUCCCACUGGGUGCUCAACCGGGUCGGUAACAGCGAGCAGCUCAGCGCCGUUAUCCGGGUGGUGGAGGGGGGAAGCGGGCUGAAAGUUGUGGCGCUGGCCCGGCUCACCCCCAUCCCCUUCGGCCUCCAGAACGCUGUGUUCUCGAUCACAGACGUGUCCUUGCCAAAUUACUUGGUGGCUUCCUCAGUGGGCCUUUUGCCUACUCAGCUCCUGAACUCCUACCUGGGAACCACACUGCGCACAAUGGAGGAUGUUAUAGCAGAGCAGAGCAUCAGUGGAUACUUUGUGUUCAGUCUUCAAAUCUUUAUCAGUAUAGGUCUGAUGUUUUACGUUGUGCAUCGAGCACAAAUGGAACUGAACGCCGCCAUCGCUGCCUGUCAGAUGGAAAUGAAGACCUCCCACAUGAAUGGCAGCAUGGCGAACCACAGCGGCUCCACCUACUGCAGUAAAAGAGCUUUGGCCGGUGGGGGGAUUAACGUGGUCUGAUGCCUAAUGUCAACGUUUCUCCUGGUGUGAGCAUAUUUCACCUGCCACUUCCCGGUGGCGCAGUCCUGACAGGAAUGCCAAGGUGAAGACGGAUGAAGGAAGAUGAUGAGGCCGUGGCAGGGAGCCUGUGUCCCUGCAGCACAGCCAGCGGGAAAAGCUGUCGCACUGGUCAGUCCUGCAUGUUCAGGUUUAACGAUGCCGUGUGGCAGUGGACUCACAAAGCUGAGAACUCUCUCUCUCUCUCUCUCUCCUAUGAGAGAAGAUCAGCACUGGAUGGAAAUCAUCCUUAAAGGUUGUGGGCCAGUAUUUUGUAAUGAAAGAUGAAGUUAAAAUAGAGCCUAAUAGUUUCUUCGGUACGCUUUUGUUUUGAAAUUAUUUUUUAUAUCGUACAGAUUUAAAUCUAGAAUUUUUAUAUAAAAUAGAGCAGGUAUAAAGCAUGUGAUUUAGGGAGAACACUACAGUGUUGUAGAGGAGAUUGCUGUAGAGGGCCCAGCUGGUACUGUAUAUCAGAUGGUGCUCAGUGAGCAACAUAGAGUUCUUUAGAACCUUCUGAUUUUAGGUUCAUCACAUAAGCUGUAAAUGCUAAAUAUUGUUCUUUUUGCAAAUUUUCACAGUCAUGCACAAAGGGAAAUUAUUAUUAUUAUUAUUAUUAUUAUUAUUUGGAGUGGGACAGACUACACCACUUGGCAAGGAAAAUGUUUGCUGCUUUUCCAGGCUGGAUUCACUUUUGCGUUUCUACAGCUCUGCUAGGAACAGAUGGAAAGGAAGUAAAAGUUUCCCAGCAGGAUAUUUAAGAGUGUCCUGCCAAGAACACUGCAGCAUGAUUAACUGAACAGCGUGAUCGUAUCCAUGUUCAGUGUCUCAUAUUGUUGUAUGGAAAGUAUUGCUGAGAUCUCUGGCCUUCUAUCUUGGAUUUUUUUCAACCAAAUGCUUUGUUAUGGGGCUGCUAUAUAUAUAUUUUUUCCUUUCUUAGUUCAUUUUGCCUUUUAAGUUUAAUUUGCAUAACAAAUUUACAUUGCAUUUUAUCCUGUGCAAUACAUGUUAAGGCUAUCACUGUUAUUAAUUCAGGUAGUUUAAUUUAUUGCUAUUAAAACUGGGAAAGCAAAAGUUCAAUUUCAGUAGGGUACCUGCUACUAUUAAUAUAGAAGUAUGACAGUGCAAAGCCCAAGAUGCUACUAAACUCAAAAAGUAAGGAAACCUCAAAUCAGCCAUUGGAACAUAAGGGGAUUGAUACGGUAAAAUAUCUGCACAACUCCUCCAUUGUCUCAGCAUGAUAAAGGUCCUCAGAGAAUAAGUGACAGAAUGUGCAGAUUUAUCAGAACUGCUAACCUAUUACGUAACAGCAGUGGUCUUAGACUCAUGACAUAGUCUACAUUUCCCACUCCCUAGAGAUUAGUUUAAUUAGACACAAACGUCUCCUGAGCUUUGCCUGACUUGGUCGAUUUGGAUCCUAGCUGUUUAAAUUAGCCCAAGGUUGUCUCUUAACGAGCUUAGAGCCAUAGGCACAGAGUGUCUCCAACCCCAGAGAGCCUAUGGGUUGAUUGGUCCUUCAAGAGUACAGCUUGCUGAAUUUUAAACUUGCUGUUCAUGAAAUAUGUCUGAGCUUGAGCUCUUUGAUCAAAGCCACAACAGGGGAUUUAAUUGGAAUUAGUAUUUUUAUUUUUUCACGCAGAUCUAAUAGAUUAUAUUAGAUCUAAACAGUCUACAUCCCACUACAGUACCUCUAAACUUUUGUUUUUACAGUGGUCAGGGGAAUGGGGAAACAGUAAAGACUGUUCCAAGUCAUGUGACUAGCCAUAUGCGCAGCAAGUAACACGUCACUUGUUCUUGUUGUAAGAAGUAAAAUGCAGGAAUAUGACUUGGUGCACCUUUAAAAUGUAUAUGCAAUUGAGAAAUAGGUGUAUAUUUAUUUUAUAUUCAAAAUUAUGUCAGCUAGUUAUAAAAUUGGGCUUUAUUCACCAAGAAUCUUCACCAGUUUUCACAAAGUUUCUGACAUCCGCCAGUGUUUGAAUUUGUGAGGACAAUGGGAUCUAUCAUUAUAACCAUGAACAUGUGUGUAGUUUAAAAACAUAAUAAAUCUGACAUGGACUUUUUAUUAGGACUAAAUUUGUAUGUUUAUCAAUAUAUUGGUGUAUAAGGCCCAAUGUUUCUAGUUUAAUUCCACACUGAAUUUGUACUAUGAAUUUUUCCCAGAUGUACUAACAUUUAUCUUUUCAGUUUAGUGCUUUUGUUCACAGUUUGUACACUGACAAACUCCCACUGAGAGGAAAACGGACAGCAUUUUAAAGAAUUCUGUCACUGAUUUCAACCCCUCCACUACAUAAUGAACUGACAAUCGAUAGUUCUGUGAAUGGUGUCAAAUUGGUCAUUUCCAGCACCAUGGCUCAGUACACUACACAUCUUUAUAUUAGCCUACAUGGUUUUGCUGCUACUUGGACUCAAAUGUCUGAGUCAAAUGCUGAUAAGGGCUCAAAUUAAUAAUGCGACUUAUUCAUAUUGCAACACUCUAUAUCCUCUAGUUAUUCUCCUAUCUUCACAGGCUGGUCUCAAUGGUUAAGGCAGAUGGGCCUAAGCUCUUUUCUAGUAAUUUCUACUACUACUUUUAUUUUCAGACUUGCAUGUCGUAUGAUGUGGCACACAAGAGGAGACAUUCCUUGCUGAUUUUUUUUGUGUGUCCCAUUAUGGGCCCUUUUUUUCCUGAAAUUAGCAAUAACUGAAAGCUGAACUUGCAGAAACAUCCUUGAGUUACAUGGAUGACAACAUUCCUGGUCUUGUGUUAUGAUGUCAACCUGCCUUGUACCUCUUGCUGCCUAUGACCUGACGGGACACUUGCCUGUGGCAUGUUCAGACACUACAUUUUUGUCGGGUAUGAAGUAUAAAAUUAAGGACAUGUAUAAUGCAAAAAAAAAAAAGAAAAAAGAAAAAAACAAACAAACAGAAAAAGGGUUUAUAGAAAGUUUUUGGGUUCAAAACACAUUAAUGUCAUUGCAAUGACAUAAUUUGGUGGUAGUGAGCUUUUACACAUACAAAAAAUUUCACUGGUAAAUGCUGAUCAUUAUUCAAUGAAAGUUUUUAUUUAUUAUUUUUUUUUUAUUGUUAAAUGUAUUUCUUUUUCUAUAUUUAACAUAAAGCCUUCAGGAAUAAAACUUCAUACGGAAAUCCAUGGGAAAAUAUGACACUGUUAGAAUACACAUCAGUGUACCUUUGUUUAAUCUAAUAAUCUGCCCAUUUCCCAGACAAGAUUAUGCAACAGAGGAACUCUAUGAAAUCUGAUGUGGGGGCAACACAACGUGAUUCUUGACAAGCCUUUAUCUGAGAUUACACAGAAGGCUACAGCACAUUCAUAGCAAGGUACGGAUGUAGUUUUAGAUAAAGGCAAAUCAGGUACUGUUACGAAACCUCGAACCCCAUGAAACAAGUGCAUUACAUUUACGCUGUAUUUUGUAAUACAGAUUAUUACAGUGUGUAAAUGAAUAUUUAUCGCUUUACCAUGCUUGUUCUGUGUUAUUUAUGAAAUAAAAAUGCCUAUAAUAGAAA